AGGAGGAGAGGGGGAGAGAGAGAGAGAGAGAGAGAGAGCCACGUAUACAUAUAAUGGAGAAAUACAUGGUUUCUAUCCAAUGAUGGCUAUCUCUAGUUCUUUGCAACCAUCUCUUGAGUUUGGAAUUUGUAGUAACCAUGGAAGCAAGAGAAGAUUUCUGAGUUCGAAAAUAAGAGGCAAAUUAUCUUCACUGGGAGCUAAUCUCUCAUCAGUUUCAACGCAACAAUAUUCUUGGAGUACAAUUCUUUCGAAGAGGAUACACAGACGAGUAUGCACCAUCCCUUGUAGAAAUCAUCAGUUUAAAUGCUGUUGCUUUCUAAAUGCAGGCCCCACUUUAGAUGCUACGUCUGUAAAGAAUUUCACUUUAGCUUUAGCAAGAUCAUUUAAUCGUCUACAAGGAAGUCCUAUCAUUAUCAAAUUGGCUUCAGCCAUGGGUAUAGUUGUUUUUGCAAUAUGGGGACUUGGACCACUUGUGCAACAAAUCAGAAACAUAUUUCUGAAGAAGGGUGAUAGCAGUUGGCAGAGAAGUGGCACAUAUCAUGUCACAAGCUCGUAUAUUCAACCAUUACUGCUGUGGACAGGAGCAAUCUUCUUCUGCAAAGAAUUGGAUCUGAUGAUUCUUCCCUCAGAAGGUGGUCAAAUUGUUAAACAGCGAGUGCUGAAUUUUGUCAGAUCAUUGUCAACAGUGCUGGCCUUUGCACAUUGUUUGUCGAGUGUAAUUCAACAAGCACAGAAAUUCUUCAUGGAGACAAAUGACCCUACCGACACUAGAAAUAUGGGCUUCCAGUUUGCUGGCAGAGCUGUGUACACAGCUGUAUCGGUUGCAGCUGUAUCAUUGUUCAUGGAGUUGUUAGGUUUCUCGACCCAAAAAUGGAUCACAGCAGGAGGGCUUGGGACGGUUUUGCUCACUCUUGCUGGACGUGAGAUUCUCACGAAUUUCCUUUCAAGUGUAAUGAUUCAUGCAACCCGGCCAUUUAUCCUGAAUGAAUGGAUUCAAACCAAGAUUUCAGGCUAUGAAGUUUCUGGGACAGUUGAGCAUGUGGGAUGGUGGUCACCAACAAUUGUAAGAGGUGAUGACCGUGAAGCUGUUCACAUUCCCAACCACAAGUUUACUGUAAAUAUUGUGAGAAAUCUCAGUCAAAAAACUCACUGGCGUAUUAAAACCCACCUGGCCAUCAGUCACUUGGAUGUUGGCAAAGUUAAUAACAUUGUAGCUGAUAUGCGCAAGGUUCUAGCAAAGAAUCCUCAGGUUGAACAACAGAAAUUGCAUAGAAGGGUAUUCUUGGAUAAUAUUGAUCCUGAAAAUCAGGCCCUCUUGAUAUUAGUUUCCUGCUUUGUGAAGACCUCACGUUUUGAAGAAUAUUUGUGUGUCAAGGAAGCUAUUCUGCUUGACCUUCUCAGAGUCAUUACGCACCAUCGUGCUCGAUUAGCCACUCCCAUCCGUACAGUACAGAAAGUAUUUACUGAUGCAGACUUGGAUGGUAUCCCAUUUUCAGAUUCUGUAUUUACUCGGGGAGCUCCAUUAGACCGCCCGUUACUAUUGAUUGAGCCAUCCUAUAAAAUCAGUGGAGAUGAUAAGAUUAAAACUCAAGCUCGAGCAGCACGUGCAAAUGGGGAUGAAGAGAACAAGGCACCAGCAAAACCAAUGCCUUAUAGUAAAGUGGAUGCUGAAGGUGAACCGACUUUGAGCAUUGAUACUAAAUCUCAAGAAUCAGAGCUUACCGACAAUAAUACAAAAGAGACAGCGACUCCAGAUGCCAAACCUGGUGAGGAGUUUGGACAAAAACUCCAUACUGGGACCAAGGACAUAAUAUCGACAUCUGAUCCCAAGCUCAGUAAUAGCACAGCAAAGUCCCGACCCCAAGAGGGUGGCUCUUCUUCUCCACAGCUAAAACAAGACGUAAGGCAACCAGUACCACAGGCUCCAGCAACCAAACCGUCUCUGGAAGAGAAUAUAGUUCUUGGUGUUGCUCUGGAGGGUUCUAAGAGGACGCUGCCCAUAGAGGAAGAUAUGCCAGCCCCAUCAAACCCAGAAGAGACAAAGGAAUUGGCGGCAUUGCUCAGCAGCAACGGUCCUGCAGUAGCUGAGAAGGAAAAAAGUGACGCUAAGCGAACGAACAUGCCUAGUUCUCCACCCAGUGAUCCCUCAGAUCAGCAAGAGUAGCGGCAUCUGGGUUGGCUCUGCAUAUGCACAUUGGAAUCACAACUGGUAAAGCCCGAAUCUGCAGGGUGUACAGAACGCUGUAAAUAUUCGUUCACAGUCGUGUGGAAGAUUGUUUCCAGACCUCUUGUUGUAAGGAUGUUUUUCGUCAAAUUGAUCAUACGUCAAUGAAAAAGCUUCUGCCAUGUUGAAAUUA